GGAGCAGUUUGGGUGGCGGCGCGUGGCUUGUGCGCUCCUCUCCCUCCGGCUGCAGGAUGGCGCCUCCUUGGCUGCUCCCGCUCGUGGCUCUCUGCCUGCACCUGUCGGCGUCGAGGGGCGCGGAGGGCGCGGGCUGCGGGGCCUGCCAGCCGGAGCGCUGCCCGACGGUGCGGUGCGCGGCGCCCGAGCUGACGGCGCAGGACGAGUGCGGCUGCUGCGAGCGGUGCCUGAGCGUCGAGGGGGAGCGGUGCGGCGGGACGCGGGGCGCCCGCUGCGGCCAGGGGCUGGUGUGCGUGAGCCAGCGGGCGGAGGGGCAGCCGGAGGCCGACGAAGAAGACGAGGAGGGCACCGGGCGGUGCGUGUGCGAGGAGGACGGCGCCGUCUGCGGCUCCGACGGGCGCUCCUACGGCAGCGUGUGCGCUCUCCGCCUCCACAGCUGGCGCGCCCUCCACGCCGGCCGGGAGCGCGUCCGGAAGGCGCACGACGGCGAGUGCAAGCUGGCUCCUGCUAUUGUGGUGCCACCCAAAAAAAUCCACAAUGUUACAGGCGCUCAAGUCUACCUGUCCUGUGAAGUGAAAGCCGUUCCAACCCCUAUCAUCACCUGGAAAAAGGUCAUUGAAUCCCCGAAGGGAGUGAAGGUCCUAGAAGAACUGCCUGGAGACAGAGUCAACAUCGCAGUUCAGGUUCGGGGCGGACCUUCUAAACAUGAGAGCACGGGCUGGGUUUUGAUUAACCCACUGACAAAAGAAGAUGAGGGUGUUUAUCAGUGUCGUGCGACAAAUAUGGUGGGAGAAACUGAGGCAGAGGGAAGCAUUAGAGUCCUGGAUGCCAACAAGAAAGCGAAUUUCCUGCCGUCUGAAGACAUGAAGUAGCAGGAUGAAGCGAUUUAAUGACUUCUGAGAGAAUCCCAGCCCAGCCCAGCCCAGCUGAUUUUGCUGUCUUACUUGCAGAGGAUUCAGACACCGGCUUGAUCGUUGCUCUUACCAAUGUACUGCAGGUUGUUUUUUUUCUGAUUAAUAAUGUAGUUGAGAAUGCAACAGCAACGCUCAAUAAAG